AUUUACUGUAUACUACGAUGUUCAUCGUAUCGAUAGCAACAUUGCGACUGCACAACACUAUGAAACCAAUAUUUAGCAUAUUUUUCUAAAAAAUUGCUAUAAUAUGUGAUAUGAGUUUAUUUAUUAUAAGUUAUAACUCCUGACUAGCUAAAUACGGAAACCUUAUGCAUUUAUUUAAAAUUAUAGCAUUUUCUUAUUUCAACUACUAGCAUCCAUCAUCAUGAAAAAAAUUCAAGUCAACAGACAACAGAUUACAAAGUUUUAGCUAGAAAAUGAUGUAGAAUUUCUAAAAAUUCAGAAGUAAUCAUUGUUCCAAAAAAUCUGCCUUGUACUGCAUGACGAGAAAAACAAAAAAAAUAGAAACUAUGGAUAUUGGUCUUUUUAAUAGUGCAGCUCCUAAGAAGCAACAAAAAAUCUUAUUGAAUAAAAAAAAUAUACGAAAAACGAUUGAGGAAGAUAAGAACAAAGACCUCAGCAAAGAAAAAGUAACAUUAAAGAAAAUAAAGAAGCAGCCACCAACAACACUAGACUAUAAUCACUUAGUCGAGAAAACUAAACAUGUUUUAAAACAAACCAGCAAAAUGAAGAAUGACACAAGUAAAGAUAAGGUUUCUGUAGGUUUCCGUCAGCCUGACAUGAAAAUACAGAAAUCUGAACAUGUGGAGAGAAAAAUAAAGUCCAGGACUGGCAUGAAAUCUGCCAUUGCACAGCCCUAUGAAGAUAAAAAUCUGAGUGUAAUCAAAAAAGAGAAGAAACAAUCUGAUUUAGAAGUUACGAAUGAGCUAACUAAUUCUAAUAAUAAUACUUCAAGUUAUAGAGACACUGUUAUGAAACUAAAUAAGGCAUAUUUAAUUAACCAGGCAAGCAAUGACAGUAAAUCUCAUAAGAAAAAGCCAACUAAGCUUAAAGAAUUAGAUAAGCGAGCAGCAGUAGUUGUAAAGAAUUUGCCAGCAUCUCUUAUACUAAACUACAAUCAAGCGUUGGUUAAACAUUUUUCAAAGUAUGGAGAGGUGAAAUGGGUCAGUAUUGCAGACAUGAAUGUAGCUGACUUCCCUAAUCAAAAGUUUAGGGCAACUGUAUUCUUUGACUCCACAGAAGCAUCUACCGAGGCCUUGAAGGAAAAUAAUUCUUUAUUUGAGGGUAAUUUAAUAAGUGUGGAGCAACACAAACUGAGGAUAAAAAGGAAGGCAAAUGCAGACUUGGACAAGAAUAAAGGAUUGCUUCCUAAAAAGAAGAAAAAAAGGAAAGCUGUGAAUGAAAACUCUGAUGUUACAAUGACAUAAUAAGAAUGAAGAAGAGACUGCAUAAUAUUACAAACUAUUGUCUGGAUAUUGUUUAUAAUGAGAAUAAUAUAAGGAAUACGCCAGGAAAAAGAUACCCCAGAAUGUAUAAAAUUGUUAAAUAUUCGUGUGCACCCAUGUGUUUAUUACAAUAAAAUUAUUUGUUUUAAUAAAUAGAAA